ACUGGCCUCUCUUUCUGAAGGGGAGAAAAAUAAACCCAUGAAAGCAAGCUAGUGUGACCGUUACUGUGUGAAUUAGAGUUGGAACUCUGUGAUUCGUCUACUUCCCACAUUCUCUCUUUUUGUUGGAUUACUGAUUUGUUGUAAACGCGCUGAAAAGGACAUGAGUGAAAACUGCAGCGCGUCUGAAGUCGACAUUUCCCUCAGCCUGACAAUAACUGUGCAAGUGCUCCUAGCUGCCUCGCUGGUAGUCGCCGUGUGGGCAUUGGCGAUCCUGCUGAGAUGCAGAAGCUAUCUCCACUUUAAAAUGCGCCUAGCUGUGGGACACUUUCUGGGUAUCGAUGUAGGUUCGUCCAUCACAGGAUUUUUUGCGUUUAAUCUGGCGAUGAACAGAAGGAGCUCUGCAGAACAAGUUUUUUACUGGUUGGUUAUUCUAAACUGGCAAGAACAAGUUUCAAUUUUGCUUCUUAUUGCGAUCAGUGUCACAAUGCUGCUCGACUUCGACCACAUGAUCUUGAUUAUGAUCACGUCCUGGGCCUUUUCCAGCAGUCCUAUCUUGUAUAUAUAUGUCUUACUUGAAAAUGAGCCUGUCUGCAGUCGUCCUACUAUAUGGAAACCUUUCCUCACUACUUCCAGCAACCUUGUCGUCAUCCUGCCCAUGUUCAUGACACAGCUGCUUCUGUGUACCGUGUGCAUUUACUGGCUGCUGAAGCGGCAGAAGAAGCCCACCAACAUGCAAAUUCGUUCAAGCAUCAUCUGCGCCAGGUGCAAGGCAUGCAGGGAGAAGCGGCGCACGGAGAACAGUUUGGCGCUGAUGCCCUGCCUGGUCGUCGCUUUUCUGGCCUACACUUUGCCUCAGUCACUUGCUCACUCCUUCCUGGCUUCAGUCACAUCCCGUUGGUCGGAGCAGCGUUACGCGUGGACAGUGUUUGUGUAUCCUGGUCUGACUGGUAUUGUGGAUGGCGCUAUCAUCUUGUACAACGCACAUCGCUUUCGCCUGCCCACGGGCAUCAACCCCUGCGCCCGCAAGAACAAGCAGGGGCACAUCGACGGUGGCGACCACCUGGACAGCCAGCAAGGAGAACCGUGCACUUGCCCGCACUGCCCCCAAUACCCCUCCGUCAAGCGGCCUAGCCGUGUCUCGCGCAGUUCUCCCCGUGGCGGUGGGUAUGGGGAAGGUCAUAUGCCAAAGUAGGCUCGAGGAUGUGCUCAUCAAAACUUUACUUGAGUGAAAAGGUUCUCUGUAUUGCAGCAUUGUAUUUUUCUCUGAAUGUUAUCUCGGAAACGGGCGACAAAAGGCAAAGAUCGGUUCUGCAUGUCACACUGCUGAUCUGUUGCACGACAAAUAUUUAGUGACCAAAUGUGUGUUCAAAUGAAAAAAAA